AUGACAAAUACUUUAAUUUUUGAAUAGCUCAAGUAGCAUGAAAACUGGUCUUCAAUAUUAGAUAUUUGUUUACAAGUCAUCUUAAAGGAGAAAAAUAACCAAACAGAUUUCUCAUAAGUUAAAACUAACUUGUAAAGAUAAGACAAAGUCCUUGCCACAAAGCUUAUAAAAUGUUUAAAAGAAUUAGCUGUUUGCAGUAAAUCAGCACUCAAAGAAAAUUUAGAAAAUAUUGGGUCAAUAAGCGCUGACAUAAAAAAUUACCUAUACGAGCAUAUCCUUUCAAAUAUAUAUAUGUCAAGACAAUUAAAUAACUACUAAUUGAUUAAAUAUCAUUUUGACCCAAAGAAAUCCCUUGCAUCUGAUAGUUAGGUCGUUGAAACAAGAAAAUCUAAUUGUCAUGAUAUUAAUUCAUUUAUUUUUGAUCUUGCAAAAAUAGAGUGGAAAGUAGAGGUCACUUUAUCUUCAAUCAAGAUGAAAAAAAUAUUAAGACCUGCUGUUCUGCUUACUUUUCAUACUAAAUAAGGAACUACAAAGACUUUUUACUUAGAUAUAUAUUAGUUUUAAGAGCUAAGAAAAAACCUUGCUUUAGUUAUGCGUUAAAUACAUCAAAUUGAAUUAAAGUGA